CAACAACGAGAUCGCCCCUCUAAGCACGCACAGGCUCACUGCUUGACGAUGGCGAGGCUCACUGCUUGCUUUGCUCUGUCAGCCGUCCUAGUGCUUGCCACCGGGAUUUCUUCCGGAAAUGGGCAGCUCCUGGACCUGAUUCCAACAGAUGCUACGACCGGGUGUUUGCAGUUUCCUAGUGGUCAGCUUUUUCCCUCUCCUGAUCUUCUGCCUCUUGCAUACAAGUUUCUUGGAAGCUUGCCGCCGAUGAGGAUAAUCAGCAGGGGAAACACUAGCCUGAGUGUAGCCGCUGAUGACAACGGCAACGUUGUUCUUGCCAAAACCAACUGCUGGGACGCCCGACAGCUGUGGGUUCAGCACUAUCCCAUCCUUUUUGACAAGACUCGGUUCUCGCUUGUGAACCUCGGCAACAAGGGUCCGCUGCUGGCAAUGCCGAUCCCUGAAGACAGUAGUCUUUACCCGGUGAAGCUAGCGCCAUACAGUUACAGCCCCUGGUUGUUCUUCAUGCCCGUGCCAACGUCGAUGCUGUGGACGCAGGAAACCCCGCUCGCCGAUGGCUUUUACAAGAUACGGUCCUACAAAGUUCCACGUUUGCUCCUGGACGGACUAUAUGGGAACGUACACGAGGGCACGGUUGUAGGGGCCUAUCCUGCUGGUCAUGAUGAUGAUAACAUCCUCUGGAAGAUCGAAGGCUUCUUGUCCAAUCCCUGAUCCAGUCGAUCUCUGCUGAUGAAGAGCAAUAAACAAAGCCCGAUCCGUCCUGGCCACCUACAUGUUUGGAUCAGCCUGGAGUUCCAUUCAAAUUGUGUCCUGUUUCCUAGAGUUUGUUUCAAAAUAUCAUCUGCUUGGAUAAGCUUACAUGUUUUAAAUUCCCACGUAGAAUAAACACACGCCUGUGUGCACACAGAAUCAUAUGAUAUAUGUGUACCCAUAUUGUUAUUACAACGUGUCAUUUGGAGACUUUCCUAUUGACUUAAUUAAUGUUUCUCCUACAUUUCUAACUAAUAAA